AUGUCCGCCCAAACUGCCCCCCAAUUUGCCUUCCUCUCUCAGCCACCCCCGCCUCUUCACAAAAAGCGCCCUACUCCCCUUCCCUCUCCCCCUGGCUACCCACUGCCUCCUAUCCCAGUCCAAGCCACCCCUGUCACCCGCCGUCGCUCGAGCACCUUUUCUAGCAUCGCCGCCUGGGCAGCCCACGUCCAGCCCGGCUCGCCUGCCCCGCGCUCCCCUCACCGCCGCCUCUCCACCACCUCCGCCCGCCGCCCGUCCCUCACCCGUCUAGCCCGCCGGCCCUCCAUCACCCACGCACGCGCCCCCUCUGGCUCCUUUGCGCAUAUAAUCGAUAUCGACGCCCUCGACACGCCUUCCGCCGCGUCCAACUUUGAGCUCGAUCUCACCGCGCACGGCUACACUUCCCUCUUUGUCCGCCUCCCCAAGACACCCACCACACCCUCGCCCCUCCUCCGCGCGUACAACGCCCAGCACGCUAAACCCGCCGCAGCGCCUGCUAAAGCCCCGCUUUCUGCGAGCUUCGCGAUCGCCAACAUCCCCAUCCCACCCGUGCCACAGGAGCCCAAGCGCGCACCCGCACACAGCAAAGGCGGCAUGAAGCGCUUCCGCUCCCUCACCAUCCUCCGCCCCAAGGCUAAACAAGCUCCUGCACCCGCGCAGCCUACCACACCCGCGGCGACAUCCUCCCAGCGCGCCGCGUCCAUCGCGCAGCGCAAACGCUCCAAGUACGCACAUGUGCGCCCGCCCCCGCCACUCGCGAACGAGCUUGCGCUCAUGCAGUUUGCCGAUGGCGGCUCGCUCGACGCGAACAUUAAGCGCGUUAUGGAGGCGCAGGCCAAGGCCACCGCCGGCCACUCCGCCGCGCCAGGUGGUGUAGGUGAUGUGUACCGCGACGCUCAAGGUGGCGUAUGGUGGGACGCAGACGAAGAGAUGGAGUACGCCCAUCUCCUCGAGGGUGAUGGCGAUGUGGGCAUGGACAUGGACAUGGUCGACAUGCACUGGGAAGAGGAUUUCGACAUGGUCGACGCGUCUGAGCCAGUGGCCGCACACAUCGCCGCGCCCGCCACUAACCCGGCUGCAAACUCCACCGCAGACAAGGAGAACCUCCCCGUCUCCCUCUCCCGGCGCACCUCGCUGACCUCGGAAGACUCCGACCUCGACCCAAAGUACCUCCUCCCUCUCCCAGAAAACGAAGACCCACGGCUCGCCCCACCCGACGACCGCGUGCUCGUCUCCACCACCUCCAAAACCAACGCGAAAAUGAGCGUGCUCUCUCUCCCCGCGCGACCCCGCCGCCGCGCCGCGCACCUGUGCAAGACCGGGUUCUUGGUCGACGGUGUUGCGUGGGAGCUGCCUGGGCCUGUGCCCUCUAGCCCGAGGAGCCCUAGGAGUCCGACGAGGAGCGUUGGUGGGAUGGGAGUUGGGCAGGCGAGGCCGAAGGGCAAGGCGAGGAGACGCCCUGCGCCGCUCAAACUGGCGAGCUCGAAUAUCACGUCUUCUCCUGUGUCCAGGAGGCCCGCGACGCCUGCUGCUGCUGCGAAACCCACCGUCCCGAGUCCGCAGAGACUGCGGAACGAGUUCAUCGCGGACUCGUUUGAGCCUGUGCCUGCUUUACCUGCGUCGCUGCCUGUGCAGCAUACAUCCACAACCGCGGUUCCUGCGAGCCCGGUUGUAUCGACGAUUUCAAAGGCCACGCGACAUGCGAAAGUACGCGGCUUUUUCGGGAUGGGGCGUAAAGUCGGCGAGUAG